CUCGACUCACUCCGCAACCAAGUCAGUGCUCAGUGCUGUGCGCACGGAGCCCCGUCCCCGCUAUUGUCGUUUUUGCUCUGCUGUUUCUGUCAUCCCCUUCACUCCAUCACUUCCUCCUACAUUAUAAUAGUUUCACUGUGACUGCCUGCAGUCGGCUAACAAGGAAGCGUGGGGAGCGUGGCUCUUCACUUUCGUAGAGAGGGCGUAUGGCGGACAGUCAAUAUUCAGAUAUCAACAGCCAAAGCAUAUUCAUCCAAAACAAAAAAACCGGGACGAGGAAAGAUUCGAACUGCAAAAUGGCAACAACUACUUAUUCUGGAUUAUGGUCGUGACAUGUUAUGAACUCUUCGCAAAGUUUUAAUGUCAUGCGUAUUUACUUUGUUUUUAGCGCAUCAUAAGGACAGCUUUCCAACCCGCUGUUUUGAAUCGCUGUCAGUUACUUUUAUUUAUUGAAAUCACUGUCCUGGACUGGGUGGUCGUGUACGUGUCGCUUUGCGUUUUAAAUGUGGUACACUCACUGACCGCCGCCGUGCUGCACGAGCCCUUUAAUAAUUCAGGGUAAAUCUGUGGACGUGUGUUGGCACCAGCGACCGACAUGGGGGCUAAGCAGAGCAGCCCAGCCGCUAACGGACGGACCAGGGCUUACUCGGGCUCGGAUCUACCUUCUAGCACCUCUACUACCAGCAAUGGGAACGGUAGGACUGCAGCCAUGGCAAUGAGCUAUCACUCGUACGGCCAGUCGGCUCACGGGGCCUCGGGAACCACAGCGACCUCCAGUCAACACAUUGGCCCCAGGACGAGGUCCGUGGGAGGCAGUUCUGGAGGGUCAGGGCCAAGACCCCAGUCAGGCAUCAACAUCCCCAACAGCAGUGUAGCCUACAGCUCACAGGAGUCUGGCAGCAGCACCCCGGAGGAGGCAGAGAGGGACAUGUCCAGCUGGGGGGGGCAAGGGGGUCCCCGGUUGUUGAUUGGAUCAUUACCAGCACACCUUUCGCCUCACCUUUUUGGAGGCUUCAUGUGCCCUGUCUGCUCCAAGUUUGUCUCCACGGAUGAGAUGGAUCUACACAUCGUCAUGUGCUUGACCAAACCCAGAGUGACCUAUAACGAGGACGUCCUGAGUAAGGAUGCAGAGGAAUGUGCAAUCUGUCUUGAGGAGCUGGUACAGGGGGACACCAUUGCUCGCCUGCCUUGUCUCUGCAUAUACCACAAAGGCUGUAUUGAUGAGUGGUUUGAGGUGAACAGAUCGUGUCCAGAACAUCCCUCAGACUAAAGGGCCUCGCUACUUUUCUCCACAGGUUUCUUACUUCCUCGAUAAGAAGAGUGAUCUGUUCCAAUAACAACAGUCCUCAAUGUGAAUCCCAUCCCCUUCCCUGUGACUCUGUGGCCAGUACAGAACUGACCCCUGACCCUACCCUCUACCCCCACCACCUCCAGUAUGUCUCAACAGCCCUCAACACCUCCACUCAAACCAGUCAAGAACCGCAGAGUGCCAAAUCUCAUUAAAAGCCAUUUUCAGGGAAACUACAUUUAAUGCUGAUCUAUAUCUCUAUCUUCACACACACACACAAUCUGCUCCAAGACAAGACCAGACAGACACAAACUCACAAAUACACUCACAAAUACAACCAACCUCUGCUUUGUCCUCAAAGACAGACAGACAGACAGACAGACAGACAGACAGACAGACAGACAGGCAGGCAGGCAGGCAGGCAGGCAGGCAGGCAGGCAGGCAGACAGACAGACAGACAGACAGACAGACAGACAGACAGA